GUUAUCCUUGAUGACAGCCAUUUCUUUUGUCUGGAAUCUGUGCGAACGUUCUUGAGCAAUAUUGAACAUUUGUUGGAUGCGGUAUGCAUUCUGGCAGUCGUAUCAAGAACUGGUGUUUCGCCGCAUAGGCCUAUAAUAAUUAUAAUUAACAGACUGUGCGACAUGACGAACAGGAUACUCGCAUUCGGAAUAUGUUUUACUGGUUACCGUGAACUUUACUGCUGCGGUGACACGAUCACGGGAGAGGUCGUCUUAGAAUUGGGCCAAGAUACAAAGAUAGAAAGUAUUGAUCUAUGUAUUUCCGGAGUGUGCGAUGUUCAUCUUCAUUCAAAAUGCACAGUACAGGCGGAGUAUCAAGCUGACGACGACGCAUGCCCACUACGUGCCCGGGAAAUCUACUUUGAAAAAAGCCUGCAACUGUAUCCAUCAAAGUCCGCUAAUGAAGAUACCUUAUUGAAAGUUGGCAGACACGCCUUCUACUUUGAAGCUAGCCUUCCCGCUACCAACUUGCCAAACUCUUUUGAGGGUAGCUUGGGUUACGUAAGAUAUGUUGCGAAAUCGAUAUUACAAACUUCACAAACUGAACUUGAGGCAAAGAGGGCAUUUACGUUGCUAGGUGAUACAUAUGACAUCAACCUAAACCAAGGCUCAUUGGAACGGUUUAACGUCAGUCGAAGUUACAUCCCGACACACUUUUGGUUCCGUGGAAAGGGUGCCGUCAAAGCCGUGGCAACCGUACCACGCGUAGCAUAUUGUGCCGGUGAAGAAAUACCGAUGUCAUUGGAUAUUACAAACGACAGUGGACACAAGGUUAAGAAAAUAACAGCUACGUUUCUGCAGAGCAUGUUUUGCCGUAUCGGAAGAAAGACAAAGACGUCUGUGAAACAGAUGUCUUCACUGGAGUUUAAAGAAAUCAGAGAAGAAAAGCGUUCGACGCGGUCCAGUGAGCUCAUUCGUAUUCCAGCCGUAGCUCCUUCGAAUCUGGUGAAUUGUGAUCUUAUCGAACUUGCUUAUGAGCUUGUGAUAUCCGUAGCGGUGACAACAAUGGUAAUGACCAAGAAAAUCGUUUUUCGAAUUCCAAUCGAAGUUGGCAACGUGCCACUCCAGAACAAUCCUGAAAAAAAUGGUAAUACAUUAACCUAAAUUUUCCAAAAAAACGUUUCCUCAUACGCCUAGACCUAAUUGUUGAUUGUUUAAAAUAAGUCGUAGGCCUACAUUUUGGUGUUCUAUUAAGCAGCCGCCGUCAGCGACAAAACGUACAAAAGUAUCAAGCACCUUCUCAAAAUGA